GCUGCUGGCACGUCGUCUCACCCCGUCAAGAGAAAAAACGCUGAUGCGGAAAAUACGGAAUUAAAGAGAGCAAAAGGUGCAGAUGAGAAGCCACACACAUCCACAUCUGGGCUACCAGCAGAUUUUUUUGAUGAAACAGAGCAAAAUGAUGCAAAAGAACAGCUUUCAAAGGGUCCAGGUCCCAGUUUAUUGUCAGGAAGUUAUGAUGACGAUGAUGAAGAGGAAGAAGAGGAAGAUCACUCAGACAAAUCUCCCAUGACGCAUAAAACUGAAAUUCCACCUCCAACUCAAGAAGUAAUAGCUAAUUCUCUACCUACAGACUUCUUUGACAGCAAAACUACAGCUGCGCCUAUAGUUUCCCAUUCAGGAUCCAUACAGAAAGCAGAGAUACAAGAGAAGACAGUGGAAAGGAAAGAAAACACGGCUGAAGCUUUGCCAGAAGGGUUCUUUGAUGAUCCUGAAGUGGAUGCAAAAGUGCGAAAAGUUGAUGCUCCAAAAGAUCAAAUGGACAAAGAGUGGGAUGAAUUUCAAAAGGCGAUGCGACAGGUCAACACAAUUUCAGAAGCGAUAGUGGCAGAAGAGGAUGAGGAGGGACGACUAGAUCGUCAGAUUGGAGAAAUUGAUGAGCAGAUCGAGUGUUACCGCCGUGUUGAGCUGUUGCGUAACCGCCAGGAUCUGAUGAAGGAGAAAUUUAAAGAAGCCAUGAGAUUAAGAUCCACGCAAGAGAAAGAGGAUGAGACUAUUGGUAGCGAAGAUGAAGAAGAAUUGCAGGAUUUGCUUUCUCAAGACUGGCGGGUGAAAGGGGCUUUGUUGUAGCGUUUCUGCAACGUGGCUGAUGCUCUCUUUACCUGUGAUGUUACUUCCAUUAUCAGAAGUGAGGUGUUUUUGUUAAAAUAUUUAUUUAAAGAGGAUCGCGAGAUGGUAAAGAGCCGACUGUAUAAGAAAAAAAAUCUUUGUAGAUCUACAAUAGUGUAUUACUUGCUGUAAAAACUGUAUAUUGCAAAUGUUUUACAAGAUUGAAUGUAACUUUCCAAUUAAAAAUACAGAUUUCCUACCAGAGAUAUUUUAAUAGGGUUAAAAGUAACUUGAGAAUCUCUAACCUUUUGGGAACGUUAGAUGUGUACGGUAAGUUGGAGAUUUGCGUUACUGUGCACGGAAGUAAAGGACUAGUAAACGUGAUAUCGUAUGGAGUUCUCCCCCAUGAUGGGGGUGGUAUAAGGGAAACCCUUACGCGUUUAUGUUAUUUUAAAAGUUUCAAAAGUCUCUUCCCUCUGACCCUUCCCUCCCAAUAAAAUUUGUAAGUCUUUCAGGUUC